AUGAGCUCUGCUUCGGGAACUGAUGAGGAGAUCGAGUCAAUACCAAACAGGAACGGUUCUGGAGGAAGAACGAGAGAAUUGCUAAAUGUAAUCGAUAAUCUAAGUAACAGAUCUUCUUCAGGAUCGUCUGAAACUGAAGCAACUGAAGUAGUCAAGCCCCGAGUCACCUUCAGGCCUAAACACAUCGAAAGUGAUCAAGUUCGAAUAGUGGUAACUCCAUCUGCCAACUCGGCCCACAGUUCUCCUCCUCAAAUCGACGCAACCCCAUCUAAUUUACCAUCUAGUAUACCAUCUACACCGUAUUUACAGGUAACUGCUUCAAGUCCUGAAGAUGGUGAUGUUGCAAACAACCACAUAGCGCCGACAGUUGAUGAAGGGUCACAAACUAGAUCUCUGAAGCCCAGAGUACAACGACAUGUAUCGUCUCGUCAUGUAGACGAUCUGAAGACUCUAGCUGCACCUGGCUUGCCACUGGAUCGUUAUCCAUCUAUGGCUCUUGCAUCUACGGACGGAACCGCUACAAAUUUGUUAGAUAAUGUAGCUAAAUCUUCACUUCGUGAUCGCCACAAGAAGACUCGCAUCUUGAUGAGAAGCUUGGAUCCAGAGGCUGAAGAAGUCAAGGCGAUUGCAAACUCUGGCAUUCGUAUUGGAUCAUAUAGUAUUUUGAGUCAAGAAGUCAGGAGCUACAAUCUCAUCCGAAGAGCAUACCGCAUCAAAAGAGCUGCUAUUAGGCAAAUGGAUGUCCUGUUCUGCAUUUUGUAUCUCGUCGAACUCCAAUUUCUUUAUAGUUUUCCUGUCACUCAAGAACCAAGGUGGCUUUACACAAGUCGACCUAAAGCUGUUUUCUUGGUGGGAUUCGGUAUAUCCUGCUACAUGCUCGUCUCGUCCUUCUUUCGAAUCAUUCUGGCUGAUAGACGAGUUGCUGCCAUAUUCUCAUGGACCUCGUUUGUGGAUUGUCUCGUUUGCAUUCCUUUCGUUGUUUUAUACUGUGUGCCGGGCGGAGACAUAUACUAUAUUCCGUAUUUCCUUCGGUCUGUACUAGUGGUUUCUCGUUUGAGGCGACUGCUCAGAACCGGGACAUGGCUUGGAUUUAGCAUGAGUGCCAUCAGAGAAAGAGUCGCUGCCCUAGUUGCCAGUAUUAUCAUCUUGAUUUACCUUGGAAUGUGUUUCUUCAAUUACUUUGAGUACUCUUUCGGCACAGACUUUGACCAUUUGGACAUCUCGAGUACGCUUUACUAUAUUGUCGUCACGAUAUCUACUGUAGGAUAUGGCGACAUUAAUCCCAAAACUAUACCUGGACGCGAGAAUGACUUGUUUGAGACUGACGCAGAAACACAGAGGCAAAAAGCUGGCAGAGGCUCGUUUCAAAAGUCUCAUUUUCCUCAUGUGGUAAUGGUUGGAGUCUACGACAACGCAAGUCGCGUCAAAGACGUCUUGACAUCAUUCUACGAGAGGCAAGAAGCUAAAUACCGAAUCGUAUUUUUGAGCCGAAAAGAACCAUCACCAACAACCCUAGUGUUGCUGGGAGAUGCAGAAUAUAAAGAAAAGGUUACGUUCUUGGUCGGCAAGGCUCUAGACGUAUACGAUAUGAAACGUGCAGAAGUGCAAUCGGCUUCUGCUGUAUUCAUAGUGGGAGACAGAUUCGCUAGAGAUCCUGUCGAAGAAGACAAUCACAAUUGUCUCCGGUUGUGGGCCUUUGAUGAUUAUAGCAGCUCAACUGACUUGUACAUCUCUAAUCUGGUGCCAGAGACUGAAAACGGCCAUGGCAAUGAAAUCUAUACUGCUGUUGUUCAUCCUGUAUUCGUGAAUCAGACCUUCGCGAAAGUCUCAUGGUACCUCUUUCGUGAAUUCCAAAUCAUCCUCUUUGCCGUGCUGACAUGGGUGCCAUUAAAACGAACUCACCACAUUCUAUUAAACCCCGGAAAUUCGUAUAUCCUAAAGGAGAACGACAAGUGCAUACUUAUAGCUCAGUCGCCACAUGAUUUCAAGGAUAUGGAGAAGCUCGAUGCGUCUCAAUUCGUCGAGUCAUUGACAGAAGACGAAAUCAGUGCACCUGAAUUGCCAAGGGCCUCUGUUACUAGAAGAAGUGGUUAUUACAACAAUAGUGUUUAUACCAACAACACGACGUUUCCGCGGUUCCAAGAGGAUAAAAUCAUCACAGGACAACCAGAACCACCGUAUAUCGAUGCUAAGGUCCCCAUUUGUCACAUGUUGAGGAAUCCUACAUCACAUUUAAAGGAUGUUGUCUUUGAAGAUUGUUUUGAUCUGGAGAACCACUUUCUGGUUACUACUAAUCAUUUCAAUCUGUUUCGGUUUGUUUGCACUUUGAGAUCGGCUCAAUUAGAAGAGGAUGAGACUCGAACCAUAGUGUUUCUAUGUCCUCGGCUUCCCACUCACGAUGAGUUUACGACACUGUGCCAGUUUCCAAAUGUAUAUUUUGUAUGUGGUGAUCCGUCCAAGAAGAAGGACUUAUUGCGAGGUGGUCUUGUAGGAGCAGAUAAGGUCAUCAUCUUGUACAGUAUAGUAGGCACAGAAGAUGACUUUAGUGACUCGAAACCAAUAAUGAUAAGUCAUUUGAUAUAUGGAAUGUUUCCUGAACACGAGCGGAAAUACGUGAUUGUUGAACUUCAGAAGCGCUCACAUAUCAAGUUUCUUCGCCCAACUGCCAAACGAAGUCUGACUAUGUCUAAACGGGAGAGAAAAGCACAUUCAAACCAAGGUGUGGAAGAAGGGGAUCUCGCAGGCGAGCACCUUUAUACUCCUAUGUUCGCAGCUGGGCGAGUGGUAUGUGCUCCGAUGCUGGAUUCUAUCUUGUAUCAAACAUUUCAUAAUUCAGUUGUGCUGGAUAUAUUUAAGAGGCUUUGUGGUGUGAGAUACAAGAGAGAUAUAGAGCUGGAUCGCGAACUGAAUGCCAAUCCAUCAUAUCUCAGUUAUAUUGAUACUCCAGACGAAUUUGCUGGUCGACCAUUCAGAGAUCUGUACCGAGAACUGGCACUGAAGCACAGUGUCAUCCCAUUGGGUAUCCUUCGAGAUAACUACGAUCCAGAGCUUGGAAAUCGGCUACCAUUCACAUAUACGAAUCCAAUGGCCUCCCUACUUCUCAAGAGCAGUGAUUUGGUGUUUGCAUUGAUGCCAUUGGGUGGUGGGGUCGACUUUGAAUUCUCAAAGACCGCUUAA